AUGUCGUCAAAACACUUCAUCAACGACCCCACCCACCUCGUCCUCUCCGCCCUGCACUCCAUCACCCUCACAAACCCCACCACCGCCCUCGACCGCACGAACAAAAUCCUCUACCUCCGCCCAGACGCCCAGCCCAGCCCGCAAGUCUCCCUCAUCUCCGGCGGCGGCUCCGGCCACGAGCCCUCCUUUGCCGCCUUCGUGGGGCCAGGCGCUCUCUCCGCCGCCGUAGCAGGCACCAUCUUCGCCAGCCCGAAUGCCGACCAGGUGCGGCGAUGCAUUCUCGAGCGCGUGCAAGCUGAUCGCGGCGUGUUGGUCGUCGUGAUGAAUUACACUGGCGACGUGCUGAAUUUCGGGAUGGCGGUGGAGAAGGCGAAGGCGGCGGGGUUGAGGGUUGAGAUGCUGGUUAUGGGCGAUGAUGCUGGGGUUGGGAGGUCGCAGGGGGGCAAGGUUGGGAGGAGGGGAAUUGCGGGGACGGUGUUGGUGCAUAAGAUUGCGGGGGCGUUGGCUGCGAAGGGGGCGGAGUUGGAGGAGGUGUAUGCUGUUGCGAAGCUGGUGGCGGAGAAUACGGUGAGUAUUGGGUCGAGUUUGAGCCAUGUGCAUGUUCCUGGGCGAGAGGCGGGGGAGGAGGAGGAGCUGAAGAAGGAUGAGGUGGAGAUUGGCAUGGGCAUUCAUAAUGAGCCUGGAUCGGAGAAGUCGACGGCGGAUCUGAAGGGGUUGGUCAAGACGAUGUUGAAGUACAUGCUCGACCAGAGUGAUAAGGACCGCGGGUUCCUCGAGGUAAAGUCGUCGGACGAGACGGUGCUGCUCAUCAACAACCUCGGCGGCGUGAGCGUGCUGGAAAUGGGCGGCAUCACGACGGAAGUGGUCGAGCAGGUGAGCAAGGACUACGGCAUCAAGCCCGUCCGCAUCAUCGCCGGCACCUUCAUGACCUCCCUCAACGGCCUCGGCUUCUCCCUCAGCAUUCUCAAGCUCCAAGACACCGGCAGCAAACACUCCCUGCUCGACCUGCUCGACGCACCCGCGGAGUGCACUGGGUGGUCAGCAGCAAUCAAAUCCUCCACCUGGACAAAGCCCCCAACCCAAACCCUCGACGAAGGCCACGGAGCAGGAAUAGAAAACAAACCGUGCGGCCUCCAAAUCGACCCGCAACUCGCCGACAAAGCCCUCAAACACGCUCUUGAAAAACUCAUUGCCGCCGAGCCAGAAGUGACCAAAUACGACACGGUCGUCGGCGACGGCGACUGCGGCACAGGCCUCAAGCGCGGCGCCGAAGGCAUCUUGGAGAAACUCGGCAGCGACAAGCAGGCCGACGCCGCGCUAUACCUCGACGCCAUCACCUCCGUCGUCGAAGAUAGAAUGGACGGCACGAGUGGCGCCAUCUACGCCAUUUUCCUCAACGCGCUCGCGCACGGUCUGAGAACACAAGCCUCCUCCUCUUCGCAAAAACAAGCAGACGCAAAAGUGUGGGCCGCGGCGCUGCACGAUGCCCUGCAGGCUAUGAGCCGCUAUACGCCCGCGAAACCGGGUGAUCGCACGCUGGUUGAUGCUCUGGCGCCUUUUGUCGAGGAGUUGGGGCGGAGUGGGGAUGUGCGGAAGGCGGCGGCGGCGGCGGACGAGGGGGCGAAGAAGACGAAGGGCAUGAAGGCUAGUCUUGGGCGGACGGUGUAUGUGGGGGGCAGUGGGUUUGAGGAGGUGCCGGAUCCUGGGGCGCAUGGGUUGGCGGUGUUUUUGAAGGGGUUGGCGGAGGGGUUGGAGUAG